GAUCAUACUAAACUAUACAGUCUAGGUAUACUAGGUAUGGUAUAGUCCGGGAUUUACAAAUUAAUGUUACCAACAGUUUUUUGGUGGUAAGUGAAAAAAAAUAAUAAUAAAAUCUCCUUCGAAGAAAAUUUUAGUGGGUAAAGAUUACACAAAAAUACCAUUAUAGGUAUUUAUCACCAUCAUCACGAAGCAUCCGCAGCGCCAUCGAACCAGCGCAUAGCUUAGGAAUAUCAGUAAUAAUAUUGGUAUAAUCAUAAUCAGUUUUGAUCUUUCAAUUAGUCUGCGUUAGUUUGAACAAAAUAAAAAAACCAAGUUUUUAUUAUUGAUAAAAAAAAAAAUUUUAAUUAAAAAUAAUAGAAGAAUGUCAUCAGUACUAGUUCCGGAAAUUCCUGCUCCAGGAUUUUCUUUUGAUUUAUGUAAAAGAAAUGAAUUAUUGGCUAAAAAAGGAUAUGCGGCACCAAAAGCUCAAAAAACCGGUACUACAAUCGUCGGGAUAAUUUAUAAAGACGGUGUAAUUCUUGGUGCUGAUACUCGUGCUACUUCUGGUACAAUAGUAGCUGAUAAAAACUGUUCGAAAAUUCACUUUCUGUCUCAAAAUAUUUACUGUUGCGGAGCUGGUACAGCAGCAGAUACUGAAAAAACAACAGAAAUGAUAGCAAGUCAGUUAGAAUUACAUCGUCUAAAUACAGGACGUGUACCACGAGUUGUAACAGCUAAUAGAAUGCUAAAACAGCAUUUAUUUCGUCAUCAAGGACACAUUGGUGCUGCUCUAGUACUUGGAGGUGUUGACAUUGAUGGUCCACAUUUGUAUGCUAUUUUUCCUCAUGGUUCUAGUGAAAAUUACAUGUUUACUACUAUGGGAUCUGGUUCUUUAGCUGCAAUGGCUGUAUUUGAAAGCCGAUGGAGACCUGGAUUAACUGAAGAAGAAGGAAAAGAAUUAGUAGCAGACGCAAUUCGUGCUGGAGUCUUCAAUGAUUUGGGAUCAGGUUCCAAUGUUGAUAUUUGUGUGAUACGCAAUAACGAAGUACGUGGUGGAGUAUUUGAUUCUCGUAGCGUUGAUUAUAUUCGUCCGUAUGAUAUUGCUAAUGAAAAAGGUAAACGUCAAGGUUCUUAUCGUUAUAAACGUGGUACAACAGCUGUUCUUGAUAAAUCAGUGCGCCCAAUUGUCAUUGAACAUGAAGCUAUACGUAAAAUUGAGUUGGAAUCAAUGGAUACAUCAUCUUAAAAAUAAUACAUUAUUUUUAUUAAUAAAUAUAUACCAAUACAUCAAA